GUGGUGUUAGUUUUAAUCUCGGACAGAUUCUAUUGUAGACGCAGCGUGUCUUAUCUUUCGGCUAUCUUCGGCACUGAGAUUCCGCCAGGUGGCGCUUAUUUAAUUUAUUGUCACGGUCUCUCUGCCCUUUUGUCUGUUAGACAUCUGUGACAGAGGUCAGUCGAGAAAAACGUCAGCUAGUCUCACAAGCACAAUAUAGAGGGAAUUGGCUGACCAGAAAGUGGGCAUUUCUUCAUUGGAACAACGUUGUAGAACAAAGAUAUCAGGGAUAAGUUUCGGUGUUUGAACUUUUUUAAAACAUGUUACUACCAACCACUUUCUGCCUUUUGGCAUUAGCUGCGUGGGCUAACGGAGAAUGUGUUGAUUCGUUGACAAGUUGCCAGUUGCUUAAAGAUGUGUACUGCAGCGACCCCUAUGACGUACUUGCUAGACAAGUCUGUCCAAAACGCUGUGGACUCUGUGACGACGACAAUAAUUCCUUUAACAAACGUUCACACAAUCACGGACCAGACUGGGCUGACCAUUGUUGGGACCAUAACAGUAACCAUAUCAUGGAUCCCUUCUGCAACCUUCUGACCACAACAACCACGCCUAAACCAACAACACCAACAACAACAACCACAGAGCCCACUACCACAACAACAGAACCAACAACUACCACAACAGAGCCAACAACCACAACAACUGAACCAACCACAACAACGACUGAACCAACAACCACCACCACUAUUCCAACUACCACCACAACAGAACCGACAACAACUACAACAACCCUUCCACCGACCACAACUGAGAGAAUAUGUCACUAUGAGGAAUACAACGAGACAGACAUCAAGAGUACCAACUUCGGCACGGAUAUGGCCCUUGUGCAAAACACAAACAUCACCUUGAAUGAAUCGGUCCAUCUUAUUGGUGACGUUAAUUUCUGUCAAGGUGUAUGUGCGCAGUCCGUUCUCAAUGACGGUUUUGAAUGCUGGGCUUUUACAUACAACGAAUUGGACAGAUGUUACCUGUAUUAUUACAACCGACCUCUUCAGAUCAUCUCACAAGAAAAUUUUAACAACGCAACCAGUCUAUUCAUUAAGAGAUGUACCGAUGACCCGAUGACAACAAAAAGCCCUACCACAAUGGAGCCAGUCGCUACAACACAGGAACCUUCUGGAACAACCCAAGCACCUGGAAGCCAACCGCCAACACAGAAACCUGCAGGAACAACCCAAGAACCUGGAAGCCAACCACCAACACAGAAACCAGACGCUACGACAAAAGCGCCAUCUGGAUCAACUGCUGGUAUGGUAGCAACGACCGGUAACGGACCAAUUGGAGUCAACACUACUGAAAUAUUCAACACGACAAAGAUUAUUUAUGGUACCACGAUCAUCAACAUUAUCAACGGUACUGUCAUGGGAACCAACCCGCCACCAAUGUUGACAACAGACGGCAGUUCCGGAAGUGGAGUGACAACUAAUGCCCCAUCGGGAACAGGACCACCACCACUGUUGACAACUUCUGGAAGUUCAAGCGGCACAGGCACAGGCACAGGAACAGGCACAGGCGGAGGACAGGUUGGACCAGAUACAAGCCGAGGCCCAGGAGGUGUAAUCAUUGUCAGCUCUAACAGCUACAAAGUUAGCGGUCAAAAAUCCCCCGUCCCAGACACCUGUUUCUUCUUGAACCAGACAUUUAACAAGGGAGAACACUGGAAAGAUACCUGCCGAUACGACUGUGAGUGCCUUGACACAGACACCAAUACUGCUCUCUGCACAGAUGUCUGCCCUCACUACUCGAGCAUUCCACCAAGCUGCACAAUUAAGGCCGAAGAUGGUCAGUGCUGUCCACAACUUGACUGCGGUAACAAUACAGAAAUAAUCAACUCAACAAACAUUGAUCAGGGCAGCGGAAAUCUCAGUGACUGCCGUGACAUGCAGGAUAACUGUGAUUAUUAUGAGGAUAAUGCAUGUGUAGGUGUAUAUGAACCAUGGGCACGUGCUCACUGCGCUCUCAGAUGCGGCUAUUGCGAUUAUUCCCCACCAUGUUACGACCGCCUGACAUACUGCAGUUUAUAUGAGCUAGAGACUGCUUGUGCGGACUACAGAGGCUGGGCCAGGUACAACUGCAAGAGAUCAUGCAACAUGUGCACGUAAAUCUCGUGCGUACAUAAUGUGUAUCUGGACACGCGUUUUUACGUAUUUCAGUUGUCAUUUUCAUCUAGUUUUGAAGUGUCAGUGUCGUUAAAAUCACAGAAUGAAAGUCGUUUCAAUAUUUGUAAAAAUUGUGUUAAUAAAAAUGUUGUGUGGAAAUAUC